AGACCAGAAUCUUGCGCCAAGCACACCGCCUUAAGGAGUCUAUACCACGACCACCGCGAGUGUGCUGUCAACAAGUAAAGUUAUGGCUACAUCAACAAAGCCCGUUCUUAUUGUGCCAACACAAAGAUGGGGGCAUCCAAUCCUCAUCCCAAUAGUACCAGACUACGGCAAACCACAGGGAUUAGAGAGGGUCAACAAAACUGAACCUACAGUUAUGGCUGUACCAUCAAAGCCCAUUGUUAUUAUGCCAACACAAAGAUGGGGGAAUUCAAUCAUCAUCCCAACAACGCCAGACUACAUUAAACCACAGGGAUUAGAGAGGGUCAACAUCACUAAAGCUUCAGAUAUUGUCUCAGUGAUAGGGAAUUCCCACCUUUUGCAGACGAAUGAAGCGUUUAAUGUCAGUUGCAGAAUAACUGGACAUAAGCAGGGAUCUGCCGUUAAGGAAACAUCUGUUGGAUGGUUAUUUAAUGGUCAAACGAUUUCAUAUCUAAGAAUGGUUUCCAAUGCGAAUAAAUAUAAAUUGCAUGUAAAAACUACAAAUAUGUGUUUGGAGGUUGGCUUGGAAAUACCAGAUGUGACUGCAGCGGAUUCUGGGAAUUAUACCUGCGUUUUGGGAGACAGAGCCAACAAGAAUCGUAUUCAAGAAAAGUCAUGGUACCUAGAUGUUAUUUGCAUGGACUGCAGCAAAACAAUAGUUGGAUAGAAUAUCUGAGUUAAUGUAUGUAACAGAAAUGUUUAAAAAGCCUGGAUGUGUCCUGUGGAAUAUACGUCAAACAUUUUGGAGAACAUUUAUAAAAUUGACACUGACUGUUAACUCUUCAAGAUGUA